AUGGUUUCACAGUCCCUCAAACCGGAGAUUGCGGCGACCGUCCAAGCCAAGGAAGAAGGACCGAAGGUGACUGAUCUCGACCAUGCGCCUAAGUUGCGGGAUGAGUUUGCAGAUGAAAGCUUCAAGUUGUUCUCGAAGAUCCAAGUCGCCGAUCCGACUCCCGAAGAAGCAAGACAGAUCCGAAAGAAAUGCUUAUGGCGAAUCCUCCCAUUCCUCUGCAUCGGAUACCAUUUGAUGUAUGUGGACAAGCAAACCCUCUCGUGGAUCUCGUGUAUAACAACAUAUACGCAGCUGGGGAGCUCUGCGAUUCUUGGGAUUAUGGAUGAUGCGCAUCUAAAUUCAAACCAAUACAACUGGUUGUCUUCGAUCUUCUAUUUCGGCUACUUGUUAGCAGAGUGGCCCCAGAACUGGGCUUUGCAGAGAUUUCCUGUUGCGAAAUGGUUGGCCGGAAAUUUGAUCAUCUGGUAA